UCGGGCCAUGUUACUCUGCGACGACGAGCCGUCUCCUGAAUCAAGUGACGAGGUAUUUUUUUUCUGUGAAGAGCAAGCAAAUAAUAUUAAUAUUAACAAUAAAUGUGAUGAUUCUAAAGACUCUAAAGAUAAUAAUAAAAUAAUAAACAACUCAUACUCUAAAAGUUCAUCGAUUGAUCAAUCGGUUACCAAGGCUGAUAAUCAAGUUGUUAUUAUUAACAACAAACAAAAGGGUAGGAAAAAUCCUAAUCUGUUUAAUCGCAAGAGAAAUAACAAAAAGUCUCCAGAUAAUCAAGAUUUUUCGAAGGCCAAUUACUCGCUUAAAACAGAGGUCAAUCCCGACGAUAAUCAAAAUCUGAGCGAAUUGAGCGAGUCAAUCAGCACCAGCACCACCGACCUUGCAAAUGCUUCAGAAAAGCAGAACGAAGCUACGCAGACCAGCCAGCCAGUGAUGGUGAAGAUCCACGUGGAGAAUUGCUCUCAGUGUCCCGACAAUUUAAUCUCGCAAGAGGCGUCUCCAGUGGCUGGCAAAGACAAUCUGUGCAAAGUUAAAAAAAAGACUGUAGCAGUUCAAGUUAAUUUUAAUUCUAUAAUUAACAAUUCUGUCGCUGACUCGCAUUGUUUGAAAAUAAGCAAGGUACGGUGUUGCAACAAAGCGACUCAGCGUGUGCAGAGCUUGAACUGGGGAAACAAGUGCAAUGACAUUGGUGAUAAUGACAUUAAUUCAUGGAGUGGCAAAAAUAUGAAGAACCAGUCGACAAAUGCCGGAUCAGGUGUAAUUACCGGAGACAAUAAGGUCAAAUUACACGACAAAAGCAAUUCGGUGGACAGAGCGUCGAUAAAAAGCAAAAAAUUCUCGAACGCUGUCAGCCCGCUGAAGCAGUUCAACCGCUCCUCGCUAACCAUCGGCCCUGACAAGAUAACUGUUAAUCAAAACCUCAACUGCUACAAUAACAUCCGCCCGAUUCCGAGCUACUCUAACAAUCUGUCCAAGUACUCGCCGUGUGCCAGCAGACUGGCGGCCAGCUCCAAGAUUCUAGGGAAUACUUCUCCGACUGCUCUGAGUCCCGAGAGCCCUUUGCACGGCGCCAGGUCCAAAAGUCCCCGAUUCGGGGACUCGCUUAGUCUCAGUGAUAGCAACAGUCCCAAGGCUCGGCUGCCGCAGGAGAAAAUGACUCUCCAGGCCAGUUUGUCAUUGAACAUUAAUCAGCUUAAAAAGCCUUACUCGACACCGCGUAGUCGCAGCGUAGGUGAUAGUUGCGUGACCUCGCCUACCAGUGAGGCAACUACGCUCAGAUAUUCACCCACUGGAACGGAAAUUCUAUCUCUCGAUGAAAUUGCACGGCAAAAACAACAGAUUAAAAUUCAGAAACACCAUCACAGAUCUAACAGUGUCUCCUUGUCCGCUCCAGACCUUAAAGCCUUGCACACCGACAGGCUCAGCAUGCCAAUUGAUAUUCGUAAGGCCAAUCUUGAGACAAAGUGUUAAUUGUUUUUCGGUUACUACUUUUUAAUCUAUCUACAAAGGUAGAUUUAUUAUUAACUAGUAUGUAAACUAUUCAUUAAUUGAUUGCAAUAUUGAUGAUACGAAAAAUAGGAAAUUUUCCAAUGAUUUUUUUAUUUUGGAAUUUAAAAUUUUUUUAUUGAGGAUUAAUAAAAGCUUGCCGGUUUUGGUAUCAUCAAUAUUGAGGGUAUUUGAAUUUUUUAUUGAAUAAUAAUUAUUAUUAUAUACAGUGAGCAGAGAAGCUGAAAAUCGAAUUAAAGAUUUACAGAAAAAUAAAAUAUAAAUUGAUAAGAAAUAUAAUAAAACAAAAAAGUAUUUUAAACCAUUAUUCAAGUUAUAAAAAUUCACAUACCCGUGGUAAAUAUUAAUAUUACCGUAAUACUAAAAUAAAAUAUCGAAUCAACGGCUUUAUAAAAUAUCCUAUUUGUGAGACUGCUUAAACGCAUAAGUGUUGAAUAAUAACGUAAUGUUUUUUCAUGUCCACGGUAUUUAAUAAUUGUAUUAUUAUAAACGGGUGAUUUGAAAGAUUAUUUGACGGAGAUUUUUAAAAUUGCUGCCAGUGCCAAAGGAUUAAAAUUAUAAAUUUUAAAAGUUUAUUUUUUUUUAUCAUUGCUAUAAUUUUAUAGACGGAAAAUUAUAAUUGGAUUUUAUUGUCAGAUUUUGGCGAGAAAGUUAAUACUGCCCUACUUCUAUUGUCGUGAAUAUUUCUUUAAAAACAAUGAAGAUUAUCUUUUUAAGUAAAUAUUACAUGUAUGAUUAUAUAGCUAUUA